GGGGAGGGGGUCGGUUGGGUGGCGGCGGCGGAACUCGGCGGGUGGAGGGAAGCGCGGGCCUCUGAGGGAGGGGCUGAGGUCCUGGAGCUGUGGGAGGGAGCAGGGCAGGCCUAGCCGAGGGCGAGGACCGGGCCCGGUUGGAGGAGUGGAGGCGGCGGGAGCUUCCGGGCCCGCGGGGGCUCCGGCUUGGGACGCCCCCUGGGCCUAGCAGUGGCAUCUUUCUUACUUUGUCCGUUCUCCGGGCUCGAGAGCGUAUUUCCGGAGCCAUGUCAGAAGGAGUGGAUUUGAUUGAUAUAUACGCUGAUGAAGAGUUCAAUCAGGACUCGGAGUUCAACAAUACCGAUCAGAUUGACCUAUAUGAUGAUGUGUUGACGGCUGCCUCACAGCCCUCAGAUGACAGAAGCAGUAGCACGGAACCACCCCCUCCUGUUCGCCAGGAGCCAGCUCCCAAACCAAACAACAAGACCCCUGCAAUUCUGUACACAUACAGUGGCCUGCGGAGUCGGCGAGCAGCUGUCUACGUAGGCAGCUUCUCUUGGUGGACCACAGACCAGCAGCUGAUCCAGGUUAUUCGCUCUAUAGGAGUCUAUGAUGUGGUGGAGUUGAAAUUUGCAGAGAACCGUGCAAAUGGCCAGUCUAAAGGGUAUGCUGAGGUGGUGGUAGCCUCUGAAAAUUCUGUCCACAAAUUGCUGGAACUCUUACCAGGAAAAGUUCUUAAUGGAGAAAAAGUAGAUGUGAGGCCGGCCACCCGGCAGAACUUAUCACAGUUUGAGGCUCAGGCUCGGAAACGUGAGUGCGUCCGAGUCCCAAGAGGGGGAAUACCUCCACGGGCCCACUCAAGAGAGUCUAGUGAUUCUGCCGAUGGACGGGCAACCCCCUCUGAGAAUCUUGUACCCUCAUCUGCUCGUGUGGAUAAGCCCCCCAGCGUGUUGCCCUACUUUAAUCGUCCUCCUUCAGCCCUUCCCCUAAUGGGUCUGCCCCCACCCCCAAUUCCACCCCCACCACCUCUUUCCUCAAGCUUUGGCGUCCCUCCUCCUCCUCCUGGUAUCCACUACCAGCAUCUCAUGCCCCCUCCUCCUCGAUUACCUCCUCAUCUGACUGUACCUCCCCCUGGGGCCAUCCCACCAGCCCUUCACCUCAAUCCAGCCUUCUUCCCCCCACCAAAUGCUACAGUGGGGCCUCCACCAGAUACUUACAUGAAGGCCUCUACACCCUAUAACCACCAUGGCAGCCGAGAUUCGGGUCCUCCACCUUCUACAGUGAGUGAAGCUGAAUUUGAAGAGAUAAUGAAGCGAAACAGAGCGAUUUCCAGCAGUGCCAUUUCCAAAGCAGUGUCUGGAGCUAGUGCAGGGGAUUACAGUGACGCCAUUGAGACACUACUCACAGCCAUUGCAGUUAUCAAACAGUCCCGAGUCGCCAAUGAUGAGCGCUGCCGGGUCCUCAUCUCUUCUCUUAAGGACUGUCUUCAUGGCAUAGAGGCCAAGUCAUACAGUGUGGGUGCCAGUGGAAGCUCUUCUAGGAAAAGACAUCGGUCCAGGGAGAGGUCACCCAGCCGGUCCCGGGAGAGUAGCAGGAGGCACCGAGACUUGCUUCAUAAUGAAGACCGGCAUGAUGAUUAUUUCCAAGAGAGGAACCGGGAGCAUGAGAGACACCGGGAUAGAGAACGGGACCGGCACCACUGAGAAAGGAGUCUGGGUGGAAGCAAAUUGUUUUUAAUGGACUUGCAUCUCCUCACCUUGAUCAGGACUAAAGGACGGAGGCCGCUCCACCCCUUCCCCUUCUUCCAAACCCCUAACUUCCUCCAGGCAAAACCCUCUGCCCUGCAGGAUUGAAGAUGGCUUGGCAGCCCUCCCAAUCCCACACCUCCUGUUUGCCAGGGGGGAAGAACCUAAAGACUUGCUGGGGUAGGGAAUGAGGGCAGACAGGAAGACAGCAACAUGUCCAGCCCAUAGUCUCCACAGAGAAUGGUGCUUUGUCCAAGGAAACUAGAGUUUCUGAUUGCCCAGGAGCAGUCAGUGGUGAGGUUACUGAGAGAAAACUUCCUUCCCAGAGAAAAUGGAUCCUCUAUGUGGGAUCUUAGGAAAGUGACUGGGUGUGCCAAAAAUGCCCAGGGUUCUGCCCUCAGUACUAUAUUUGAUGGGGCCAAGAGGGUCCAAACCCUGCUAACAUACCACUUUGUUCAACUCCUUUACUUUCCUAGCCGGUUGAGGAGGGACCAUGAGAACAGAAAACUACCUUGUGACAAGUGUUCUCAGUUUUCUCCUCACAUAUUGACGGUUUAUUUCCCUGGCCUCCUAGAGGGCUGAAUUCUUUUGACUCCUUGCUAUCUGACUCCUCAGUGGACUUGUUCCUCCAAAGCAGAACCCAGGAGGUUGCUAUCUGCCGGAAGCCUAGGCCAGCCAGAUAUCACCAUUUGCUGCUUCAGGCUUGUCUGUCUGUUGCAAUAACCAGCUCUUAGGUGUUUCCUUUCCCUGAGGCGCAUUCCAUUCAACAUGGAAUCCUUCCCCCAAGAAGGCUUCUUCCUUGUUUUAGAGGAAGGUACUGCCUUUUUGGACUUAGGGAUGUCGUGGGACCUUGGUAUCGAGGACCCCUAGUUAAUAAAGUACCGGAAGUGUGGGGAAGAAGGCAGUUUGAGCAGUAUGUAGCCUACUCACAUGGGCUCCUUUUCAGGUUUGAUGUAAGCAUAGGCUUGCAUAUUCCCAAGGUACAUACUUUGACUUAACUGUGGGAUAACUCAGCACUAAUAGGCAGGUAAAGUCACAACUGUGGUUUUUUUUUUUUGGUUUUGUGUUGUUUUUUGUUUUUUUAUCCUUUGACUCUGAUACUUCCCCCGUCACUUUGCCUGGAGGUGCUCCCAGCCUUUAACAAGGAGCAGAGAACUGGAGUCAGACUUUAGUGAGCUCAGCUCAGAGUUGUAAGGACCAGCACAUUGGUGGCCAUUUUCUGCACAAGCAAAUGGAAUUGCUUUUUCAGCAUCCAAAUUGUGAUAGGUUGCUCCUGAUAAGAGGCAGGCACAGUCCCAGAGUACCAUAGGGUGAUGUUCCUUCUGCAUGCAUCUGCAGGGCCUGAGAUCUAGUGUGAAAAGAGACAAGUGAGAUGGGACUUGGUGUGUGAGGCAUAGGGUCAUUGGAGACUCUUCAGACUCAGAGGGGGGAGACUGAAUUGGAUGCUUUCUCUUCCCAGCACACUUCUGAUAGACCCCUUCAGUCACUGAGGGAGUGCCCCCAAGGUUGGAGAGGCACAUUCCCUUUGGACAGAGGCUGCAAGUUGUGGCUUAUUUUCUUGUUCCCUAAACCAAUCCUUAUUCUACCAACAUGGCACCCUGCCUAAAGUGUUAAGUGAUAUGCUUAUUCUUGAAAGCAGCUCAGGGUGUCUUUUUAAAAUGUAGGAAAAAAAUGUCAAAUGACAGUUAAGGAAAAACAACAUACAAAAUAUCAGAAAAGCUGUUUACCCAGAGAAUUAUUUUCUCCCCACUUUUAUUUUUACUCAGUGACAUUAAUUUUUAGUUUUAUUCCUCAUAGCAAAAGGAGAAAAAAAAAUACCAAUCCUCAAAAGGUCAAGGCCCCCGUCCCCCUGUUGUCGGUGAUUUGUUUGUCUUUCUGAUAGGUUGAAAAUUGUGUAAUAAACUUGAUGACGAUGUCAAUCUUUUAUACUGCAUUGUAUUUUUUUCCUUUUGUAACAAAAUAUUUUUAAAUAAUAAAUGGGGUGUGAGCUGUUUACGGA